CUUCGAGGUAAAUAUUUAUCAAUAACAUCGGAGUACGCUGCGUUUGCAAAUUGAUUGGGAGCCAAGUGCGGAUCGCCGGCAGCGAAAAUGCACGAGGACGAUCUAAAGAGUCAGUUGACCAUUGCGCGGAACGAGAUCAACAAUCUCAGGCAGCAAGUGCGGAACUUGCAGCAUGUGCAGCGCAAGGACAUCGAGACGAUAACCCGCCUGCUGCAGGACUUCCGCUGCGAGGGCUGUGCGAGCAACAACAAGAGCACCAACGCCAAGGACAAGGUCGCCGGGGAGAAGCAGGAGCAGCAGCAGGCGCAGGAGCAGCAGCAGGCGCAGGAGCAGCAGCCGGGACAAGGUCAGAGCAAUCAUACCAAUGGAGGAAAGGACAACGCCCACUUUCGGCCCAUCGGGGUGAUACGGACGGCUUUCCCGGAGAAGCGAGCCGUACCCCGGCAAUCGGUUGUGGGUAGUCGCCUGCGCGGUCUCAUCCAGUUGAACGAUGGCGUCUUCACCAAUCCGGAGCACUCGCUGGAGGGACUGGGCGACUUCUCGCAUCUGUGGCUCAUCUAUCAUUUCCACCGCAACAAUGCCCAUCCCAAGGCCAAGGUGGCGCCUCCCCGUCUAGGUGGCGAGCGGGUUGGUGUCUUCUCCACACGGUCGCCCCAUCGGCCCUGCCCCAUUGGUCUCUCAUUGGUGGAAAUAGAGAAGAUCGAGAACGCCACCAUCAGCUUCUUUGGCACGGACAUGGUGGACGGAACUCCGGUGCUGGACAUAAAGCCCUACAUUCCAUACUAUGAUGCGCCGUCUUUGAGCGUGGACUCAGGUACGUUGGGCGACGACAGACCGGAAAGCCAGCUAAAGUUCUUGCCCCGGACAGGACGCACCUCUGCCGGAACGCAUGAGAACAGCCUGGACUUCUACGACUCUCGACAGGAGCCCGACGGAGAGGAGUCUGACCUAGAGCUGUACGGAGCAGCUGGUUACACUGGCAACGCGGGCAUGGGUGCGGAUGUCAUGCCGCCGCCACCGAGCGCCGUGCGAGUGCCCAACUGGGUGGUGGCCAGCAAUCGGCUAAGUGUCAAUUUUAACGAACAUGCCGAGGCCCAGCUCAAGGAGCUGCAGGUGGAGAAGCAGUGCAUCGUGGACAUUUUGGAGGCGGAUCCGCGCUCCGUUUACUUGCGCACAAAAUACGGCUCGCAAAUAUUCACCUUCCAGCUGCGGGAGGUCACGGUGACGUGCAAAUUCGAUGACAAGGCCGCCACGGUGACGGUGGUUCAGGUCCGGCGUAAUGAGAACGUGCAGGUGACCGCCUUGGACGGUGAUCUGCGCAGCGCCUAACUUACGGAUUAUUGCAAUUGAUAUUUGUUAAUUCACGACUUUUGUUUAGCUUAAGUAUUUCGUGUUGAGGAGCUUUAACCUUUGGCGUUUCAAUUUUGCUCUAGGAUACAGGACAUUCUGAAAAAUAUAUAUGAGGCUUGUUUCCCACGCAAAAA